AUGUGUAUAUGGAAUCCCACCAUUAGCAAGUCAAUGAAAUUACUUAAUUCUCCUUGGGGUACCUCUUUCAAUACUAAAUAUGGUUUUGGAUACGAUGACUCACGUGAUGAUUAUAAAGCUUUAUUUAUUGAUCAUUAUCAUGAUUUUAACAAUGGUGAGGUGUACAAUGUGAGGAUUGUCGUCACUAUUUAUAGUUUGAGGAAUGAUUCUUGGAAAACACUUCAUGACCAGCUUAAGGGGAUAUUUCUAAUAAAUCAUUCGGGUAAAUUUGUCAAUGGGAUGCUUUAUUGGAUUGCAUCCACGUGUAUUGAUGAUGAUGAUGCACGCAACAUCAUUUCUUUUGAUGUAGCAAACGAGACAUGGGGAAGCUUGGAGAUUCCCAUUCGUGGAGAAGACCAUUCUAAUAUCAAACUGGGAGUAGUGGGAAGUGACCUUGCUGUGCUUUAUACUUGUCAUAUAUGUGCUACUACUUCUGAUGUUUGGAUUUUGAAAGACUAUAGAGGUAAUAUGUCAUGGACGAAACGGUUCACCAUCGAAUACCCUAAAUAUGUUGUGCUAUAUAUGUUUUCUUCACCCAAUUUCACAUUUUCUAUACACCUUCGCCAGUCAAAUAAGGAGGACAUUAUACUUUCGAUUCGGGGAUUAAUCAUAUUAUUUGAUGGUUCAACUAAAAAACUAGAACAUAUUGCUGCUGUUGGGGGAUACAAUUCUGCAGAAACCUAUGCAGAAAGCAUCGUUAAUCCCCUAACGAUAUCCGGUAAGAAUUCUGCUUAG